AAUCAUUGGAAUGCUCCCAAUAGCAAAGAAGAGAGACAAACCAUAGUGAAUUCGUGAGUUGCUCUGAGGGCCCCGAGCGUUUUAAGCUUAUCCUCCUCUAACCCUAGCCGCCCCCUCCCCCUUCCCUCCUCCCCACACCUCUUUGACGUUGAUUUCGACAUUUCGUUGGUCUCUUCCGCUGAUUCAGUGUAAGAUAUUGAAGAAUUGGAACUUGGAGUUGAAAUAGUUCUGAUUGCGAAUAAAGUUUGCAGGCGUAAGUUUUGAGGUUUCAUUAUGGCGACCAGGCUUCAGUUUGAGAACUCAUGCGAUAUGGGUGUAUUUUCUAAGCUCACCAACGCCUACUGUUUGGUUGCUAUUGGUGGUUCUGAGAAUUUCUACAGUGCAUUUGAGACUGAGUUAGCAGAUGCAAUCCCUGUGGUUAAGACCUCCAUUGGCGGCACUCGCAUUAUUGGACGCCUUUGUGCAGGAAACAAAAACGGGCUUCUCUUGCCCCACACCACCACUGACCAAGAGCUUCAGCACUUGAGAAACAGUCUACCUGAUCAAGUAGUCGUUCAGCGCAUAGAGGAGAGACUGUCUGCUCUGGGAAAUUGUAUUGCUUGCAACGACCAUGUUGCCCUUACACACACAGAUCUCGACAAGGAAACAGAGGAAAUGAUUGCAGAUGUUCUUGGAGUAGAAGUUUUCAGGCAGACAAUUGCUGGCAAUGUUCUUGUGGGCAGCUACUGUGCCUUCUCUAACAGAGGUGGUUUGGUUCAUCCCCAUACUUCUAUUGAAGACUUGGAUGAACUUUCAACACUUCUUCAGGUCCCAUUGGUGGCUGGGACUGUGAACCGUGGUAGUGAAGUGAUAGCUGCUGGCAUGACAGUGAAUGACUGGACAGCAUUCUGUGGUUCGGAUACUACAGCAACAGAACUCUCUGUCAUCGAGAGUGUUUUCAAACUGAGGGAAGCCCAGCCUAGCGCCAUUGUAGAUGAGAUGAGGAAAUCAUUGAUUGACAGCUAUGUCUGAGGCAUGCAUCUCAUCCUUCAGCCCAAGAACCGAUAUCAAAUGGUCGUAUUCGGAGAACUUGAUAGUCUAGACUUGUUUGGCAGUUAUA